GUUCCGGUGGGGCGCGGAACUUGGAGAGGCUCGCCGCGAUGCCCCUGCACAAGUUCCCGGUCGGCCUGUGGAAGCAGCUCCGGCUGCGGGAAGGUAUCUGCUCCCGCUUGCCCCGGCACUACCUGCGCUCCCUGGAGGAGGCGCGGACGCCCACUCCCGUGCACUACAGGCCGCACGGGGUUAAGUUCAAGAUCAACCCCAAGAAUGGGCAGCGGGAGCGUGUGGAGGACGUACCCAUUCCCAUUUACUAUCCCCCAGAAUCCCAGCUGGGGCUCUGGGGUGGGGAGGGCUGGAUCCUGGGCCAUAGAUACAUCAACAACGACAAGCUCUCAAAGAGGGUGAAGAAGGUGUGGAAGCCACAGCUGUUUGAGCGUGAGCUCUACAGUGAGAUCCUGGACACGAAAUUCACCAUCACAGUGACCCAGCGGACCCUGGACCUCAUUGACGAGGCCUAUGGGUUCGACUUCUACAUCCUCAAGACUCCAAAGGAGGACCUGUGCUCCAAGUUCGGGAUGGACCUGAAGCGAGGGAUGCUGCUGCGGCUUGCCCGACAGGACCCCCAAUUGCACCCAGACAACCCCAAGAAGAGGGCAGCCAUCUACAACAAGUACAAGGAGUUUGUCAUCCCGGAGGCAGAAGCCGAGUGGGUCGGCCUGACGCUAGAUGAGGCUGUGGAGAAGCAGAGGCUCCUGGAGGAGAAGGACCCGACUCCUCUGUUCAGGGUCUAUGUGGAGGAGCUGAUUGGGCGGCUGCAGCAGCAGACACUGUCGGAGCCCAUGGUGGUGCACAAGAGAGCCAGCAAGAAAUGACUGCACGGUGACCCAGGCCUGACAACCAUGCUCAGACAUGCCCCCCCAACCCCGGCACUGUGGACAUGAGAGCCUGGGGUGGUGGUGAGGGCCACGUGUGGGUAGUGAAUGAACCCGUUCUUCUGUUCUGACUCAGCAGCUCCCAGGGUUGGGUGGGCUUUGUGGAGGCCCCAAGGGGUCUCGUCCCAGGGUCCCCAGAGGUCUGGGGCUGUCUUGCUGUCUCUGUGGCUCCUCCUUCCCCCUGAAGUGGAGUCACCACACUUCGGGGGCAGCACAAGUAAAGUCUGAACUGGGCCGUG